AUGUGUCUAGAUUUGUUGCAGGUCCGGCAGAUUGCAUCCCGAAAAUGGCAGAAGCGAUGGUCGUGGUCCUCCCCGCAGCUGGCGCAGGCUGCAUGGGUGUUGUUCCUCAUGGACGCUUGGGUGCUUGACCUUAUCAAAAGUGGAGUAGCGGAUGGUGGACUGGGUUUUUGGCAAGUGGCAGCAGAACUGGAACACUUCAUCAUCAUCCGAACCCUCGGAGGCCGGGGACUUGAGCCUAUAAAUAAGAAAUUAGAUGAGCUCACUGCAGCAUUGAAAACGACAGAGAGGAAAGCUGAAUCAGCAUUUCAAUCGGCAAAAAAGAAUGCAGAUAACAUUAAAGAAUUUAAGGAAUUUGAGAUAUGGGCCAAUAAUAAAAUCAUACUCCAGGAAACAAAACUGAGAGAAAAGAAGGUUAAACUCCGUGGAGUAUCUGUAAACUUUGGUGCAGCUUUAAACAAAUGGCUCACUCAGAUUCUUCUAGGAGCAGGAGAAGCAGUGUCUUCUGAAGAUAUCAUCAGCUCUGCCUUCCGGCUAAAUAUCCCCAAAAAGGCUCCUGAAAAUGCUUCCCCUGAUAUUAUCAUUGAAUUUAAACAUGUCCAGACAAAGAAUAAACUUUUUGCAAUCGCGAGAGACAAUCAGGUACUGAGACUGGAGGACACAAUUGUGUUCCAUGAAUCUGAAGAAACACCAGCAGCCAUCUUUGGCACAGUUCCUGAAGUGUCUGAAGUACUUCAGUCAGCUUUGCCCUCACCCACUCAUCCUGCAUUAUUGUCAGUCUGCCAAGAGAAUUUGUGCCAUAAUGGCGGGUCUUGCCAUCCGAUUGAUCUUCCUGAUGGUUCAGCUUCAUUUCAGUGUGACUGCCCACUACAUUUCACUGGGCGUUUCUGUGAAAAAGAUACAACACUUUUUUUCCCAUCAUUCAAUGAGAACUCAUAUUUAGAACUACCUUCUGUAUCAUCUCUAACUGAAGCUAGAUUUGCAUCAGGGCAAGAACGGAACAGAAUGAUGAUCUACUUGACAGUGAAGAUAACAGCUUCAAAAGGCACUCUCCUUUAUAUGAGUGAUGAGGAUGCUGGAAAUCACUUUCUUCACCUCUACCUUGUGGAAGGACGACCUACAGCACGGUUUGGCUGUGGUGCUUCGCUGGAUAUUCUGAUGGUGACUGCCAAUUCCUCCAUUAGUGAAAAUGGCCUUGUGCCUAUCACAAUCAGCUACAGGUUGCCUUUUGGCAGUACUGGUGGUUGCUGCAUGAUUGAAAUGACCACAAAUAAAAAUUCACCAAUGCGACAGGAAUGAUCGUUAAUGGCUUUUUGUCAUCCUUUGCAGGUUACCUUUGGGUCCAUAUUCCUUGGAAAUGUCCCUGGUCACAUUAAGAUCCAUCCAAGUGCUGGGCAGAUUUAUGGCUUCAGAGGCUGCAUUCGGGAGUUCCAAGUGAACAACAAAGAAUUAUUUGUCAUAGAUGAGGCCAUGGGAGGAAGGAACAUUGAGAACUGCAAUGUCCCUGUUUGUGACUAUCAUCCAUGCCGGAAUGGAGGCACUUGCACUAGUGAUACAGAGAACUGGUUCUGUGAAUGUGUUGCACCCUACUCUGGGAAAUUAUGUCAUUUUUCAAACUGUGAGACAAAUCCAUGUGGGAAUGGAGCUACAUGUUUUCCAAAAUCCAACCAAGACGCAGUGUGCCUUUGUCCCUAUGGAAGAACUGGGAUUCUCUGUCAUGAUGCUAUUAAUAUUACUUCUCCUAGCUUCAGUGGUACAGAUGCCUUUGGCUAUACUUCAUUCCUAGCUUAUUCAGCAAUUCCAAAUAUCAGCCUCUACUACAAAUUCCAUCUGAGAUUUCGGUUGGUGAAUGACAAUUCAUCACUUCAAGAUAACCUGAUAUUUUUCACUGGGCAGAAGGGCCAAGGUCUCAAUGGUGAUGAUUUCCUGGUGUUAGGCCUGCGCAAUGGCAGUGUGGUGUACAGCUACAACUUGGGAUCUGGAACAGCCACUAUUAUUAGUGAUCCAAUAAACAGGACGCUUCAUGUUCACACGGUCAGUCUUGGCAAAUCUCUUCAGGAUGGAUGGCUUAAGGUGGAUGAUCAUCAAAAUAAAACGGUUACAGCUCCAGGAAGAUUAGUUGGGCUCAAUGUCUUCAGUCAGUUUUAUGUAGGAGGUUAUAUUGAAUACAUUCCAGAACUCUUGCCAAAUGGAUCCAAUUUUAAGAAUGGCUUUCAAGGUUGCAUUUUUGACAUUCAAGUUUGCACUGGAAGGGAUCCACAGUGUAAAGCACUGGGUAUUCCAGAAGGCCAUCCAAAUUCUGGUCGCAAUGUAGGACAAUGUGACCAAUCUCCAUGCCAACUGAUAAACUGCAGGAAUGGAGGGACAUGUGUGGAAAGUGGUUCUACUGUUUACUGUCUGUGCCAUGCAGGCUGGAAAGGGGCACUUUGCACAGAGACUAUUUCCAUGUGUGAUCCUGAGCAUAACCCAUCGCAUAGAUGCAGGCAAGGUGCCACCUGCAUACCGCUGCCUGAUAGCUACAGCUGUCACUGCCCUCUAGGAACUACUGGUGUCUACUGUGAACAAGCUCUAACCAUCAGUGAUGCAUCUUUCAGUAGCAACCAAUCUUCCUGGAUGGCAUUUGAGUCCUUUAACAUUCGGCACAAAGUUCACAUCCAGUUGCAAUUCCAGCCUCUUAUGCCAGAUGGCAUCCUCUUUUACACUGCCCAUCACUUGAAUCCACGGUCAGGUGAUUUCCUAAGUAUCUCCUUGGUAAAUGGAUACGUACAACUGCGCUACAACCUUGGUGACAGAACAAUAAUCUUACAGACUUUUCAAGACAUAUACUUCACAGGUAGUGCAUGGCAUUUAAUUAAAGCAGGAAGAGUUGGUAAUGAAGGCUACCUGUACUUCAAUGGCAUCAAUAUAACCCAGAAAGCUAGCAAUGGAAUGGCUGCACUUGACACACACACAGAUUUCUACAUAGGGGGAGUACCGUCUUUAAAUCUGGUUAAUUCAUUGGCAAUUGAGAAUGAGCCCAAUGGUUUUACUGGCUGCAUUCGAGAAGUUCUGGUCAAUAACAGAGAACUGAAACUGACCAAAAGGGGGGCAAAGGGUGGGUCUAAUGUAGGGGACUGUGAUGGAACUCCUUGUGGGUACAAAGUAUGUAAACAUAAUGGAAAAUGUAAAGUUGAAAACUCUGAUUUUUCUUGCUCAUGCCCAAAGAACUGGAUUGGGAAGACCUGUGAGCAAUCUAUUUAUUGUUCACAUCAAAAGUGUCUGCAUGGAGCUGUUUGUAUACCAAAUCAUAGUUUAUCCUCAUACAGUUGUGCAUGUAGACUUGGCUGGUCAGGCCGACACUGUGAAAAACAGGCCUCAUUUUUUACUGCAAAAUUUAUGGGUAAUUCAUACAUCAAGUACAUAGAUCCCAAUUAUAAAAGAAGAGAUCUCAGAUUUACAAGAGUAUCUUUCAAUUUUACCACCAGUGAGAUGGAAGGUUUAAUUUUAUGGCUAGGAAAGGCUGAAAAUGAAGAUAAUGAUUUCCUUGCAGCUGGUCUUGCUAAUGGCACUCUAAAAGUUCUGGUUAAUCUUGGAGAAAGAAUAUCCAUCCCUCUCAUUCAUCACAGAAAAAAUCUCUGUUGCAAUAAAUGGUACUAUGUUACCAUAGCACAAAACAAGACUCUCAUUAAAGUGUACCUUGAUGAGGAACUCAUUGUGUUCGAAGAUUUAGAUCCCCAAAGAAAAUAUGUUGCUCUAAAUUAUGGUGGCACUUGUUAUUUUGGUGGAUUUGGGCUCGAUAGGAGAGAAAACACUGGUACAUCAGGGCUUUUUAAACAGGGACUGAUUGGUAAAAUUAAAGAUGUUGUACUUUUUCAGGAUUCUAAAAAGAUUACAUUAAUUAAAGGAGAAGGCUAUAAUGUUUAUAGUGGAGAUAAGGAUUAA